AUGCCACAGUGCACAUUGGCCUCCAUCCUCAAUAUCGAACACUUGAGUCUUAACGGACAAACUCAACAUGGACGAGAAGGCUGGAACUUAGCAGGCAAUAAUACGCUUCGGCUGUGCUUCGCUCUUGAGGCCACGCUUGUCCAUCGUAACUCUUCCGCCCUCAUCUACUAUCGACUGGAACCAUACAGCACCACAUUUCCUGCGACUUAUUCUACAUAUCCGGAUUCCACAGUUAAUCCCCUAACCAUGUGGUCACAGCAACUUAUAGACUUUUGCCGCUUUAUGGAUUCUGUGCAUGAUCAGCACCCGCGAGACCCAACUCAAGCACACUUGCUCCACGAAGCCUUCUCGCCAACGUACCGUGGACCAUAUCUUCGCCAUUUAUGUAACCCAUGCAACUGCAACAAUAUGAUCUGUGCUCUGGCACAGCACAUGAGAUCCGACAACCUCGAGCCGGCGACCAAAUCGGGAUGCUCGUUUAUUGUUGUGAAAAUGGGUCCCUUUCGUGUUAUCCUUUACGGGAGAAAAGAUGAAAUCACUGGAGAAUCUGACCCCGUUACUCUAUAUGAGCUGGUCACUGGCAUCCAUGAGGAACUGCACAAACCUUUUAAGGUCUUCGAACUCGACGAGAGCACGAUUCCCGCAGACACGAUCGCUUUGUAUGACGAAUACCGCGAAAUGAUACGUCAAACCGAUGCUCAUUGGCAGUGGAGGACCCGCUCUAAAAGUAGCCGUAGGAAAUAUCAGACGAUCGACUUUCUCCAGCGUGGUAUGAUUGAACCCGCUGGCGAACCUAUGACUGUGAAACCUUCCGAAAUGAACCCGCCUAUGUUUCACCGUAGCUGCUUCCUCACCCUUGGUUAA